CAUUGGCUUGUAGAAUGUGUCGCGGAGACCAUGGGAGUGUUCUUCUAUGUCUAUGCUGGCGUUGGUUCUACCGCUGGCUUCGUCAUCGGCAAUCUCAACAACGAAUUGGAUUUGCAUACGCAUUCGGAAUCCUGUUCGCCCUCAUCACAUGUGGAUCUACUUCCGGUGGUCACUUUAACCCUGCAGUCACCAUCUGCCAAGUCGUCUAUCGCGGCUUUCCGGUCACGAAGGCAUGCCGAUACAUAGUGGCCCAGAUACUUGGUGCCUUCCUCGCUACGCUCUUCGUCUACGUGCAAUGGCACGUGAACAUCACAGCAACAGAAGCGACGCUUAUAAGCGAGGGCAAGUUCGACUCUGUCAUGUUCACGCCACAGGGCCUCGCGGGCAUCUUCGCGCUGUACGCGCCGCCAGGGUCAAACCUGGGUCAGGUCUUCUUUAACGAGCUUGUUUGUGACUUCCUGAUUGGCCUUGUCAUUUGGAGCUGCAUGGACCCGACCAAUUUCCUGGUCCCGCCUGCCGCCGGUCCUUGGAUCGUGUCCUUCUCCUACUCGAUGUGCAUUUGGGGUUAUUCUCCCGUCGGCCUGUCGACCAACACCGCGCGUGACCUCGGCACGCGCCUCGCCGUCAUGGCCAUCUGGGGUACUCCCGCUGCAGGUGGUCGGUAUGCCGCGAUUGCUGCACUGACGAAUAUCCCCGCGACUCUCCUGGCUGCGACCUUCCAUGAAUUUAUCCUCGCGGAUUCGUCUCGAGUUAUCACGCCGCCGCACCUCGACCAAAUUGUCGGUCAUCUCGCGCACGAAGAGCAUAGCGGCAUUGGUGCACCAACAGCCGCGCCCACGCUCGAGAAGAGGCAGCAUCCCGCCCCAGGCGCGUCGCCCUCGCCAACGUACAAGGCCGACGAUAAGGGUCAUGUGGAGAUCAUCGAGCGGGUAUGAUGCCCUUCUCUGCCCCAGACAUGGGGUUUGGAUUGUUGGACCGUUGAAUACCCUGCUGGCUGGGCCGAGUGUUAACGCGACGACCCCGCGAUAACGACAAGAAUGUCGCCUCUACCUUAUCAUCGAACGGAUUUGUGCAUGUACGAUCGUGUCAUUGAGACAAUUGACUGUUGUAGUCGGUC